GCAGAUCUCUCUUUACCUGUAGCCUAUCGCCAGCACUUUGAAAAUGUAGAUAAUCUAUCGAUCGAGCCUGGAAACAAUUUCAUUAAGUGACGGGCCAAGAGGAUUUGUGAAUAUGACAGCAUUAAUGCAACUGAAGUGGCAGGUAGACCCGCCUGGCUUAUGAAAACUGUGCGUCCACAAAACAUCGUUAACAUCGUGUCUUAAAAGCAAUUUUCACCGAGGUGUUCAAAAAAAUUCCACUUUGCUGUGGACAAGGUGAUCGAAAUAGAAAACCGAAGUGGAACAUAAUAUGCGUAUGUAACGAGAGCGAUCAAGGAUCAUAGGAAUCAAAACAAGUGGUUUAAAAUACAGCAGGUGCCACCACACAAAGGUUAUUUACGAUUAGCCACAAGAAAUGACAAGAAGUAUUCGUUAUUGAGUUAUUCUGCUCUGUUUUCAUCCUCAUUAGAUCACCCAUUUGCCAGGCACACCAGGUGGGCGACGGUCUUGAAGCUACCCGAGCGCGAAUGGGUGAUGUUGAAGCAGAUGGCUAUAUGGAGAAAUAGGCAUGUUCUCCAUUGAUUUCUUAUGGUGGUAGAAAUCAAUCUUGUAUCAUACUAGCGCCAAGAAACAGAUCGAAGCUUAAAAUUGCCAAAGCGGUUCCAAGGAAAAUUAGGCAAAUUUCAUUACGCUCGCGAUCCAAAAGAGCGAAAGCUUCAGAUGUAUGAGAUGAAGUGAAACUCCCAAGGAUGGCACUAGGAGCCUGUUACUUUGUACUUUUGUAAGAUUAUUUACUCUUUAGAUUUCUUUGAUAGGAAACAUGGAUAAACCUCGCACUAUGGCACAACGGGGGUGCUGCACAAGACUGCAUUUACGAGAAGAUAACGCCCGUUUUAUUCUGUUAGCGUUCGUAAUGGUUAUUUACAUGCUGUUUGGUGCAUCUCUCUUCAUGCUUCUAGAGCACGAUUUGGAGGCAAACAAAAGGCAAGAAUGGAGUAAAACUUAUCAGAAUUUCUUAGACAGAUAUGGUGAUAAAAUAAACACAACUGAUUUGGAAGAACUCCUAUCGAAACAUGAGGAGGCCACCUCUUUUGGUUAUGUUCAAAAUAAGAGAGAAAGAUGGGAUUUUGCUGGCUCGUUUUAUUUCGUUGGAACCGUAGUGUCCACAAUAGGAUUCGGGAUGACGACUCCAAGGACAAUGGCUGGCAAAAUAAUCCUGAUAUUCUAUGGAUUCCUUGGUUGUGCAGGUGCAAUUCUAUUCUUCAACUUGUUCCUUGAAAGGAUCAUAACAUUCUUGGCAUAUGUCUUAAGACGUAUACAUGAACACGAUCUACGACGCAAAGGACUACUAACCAAGGACAAAAAUGGCCGCCGUGGUUCUCAGGGUUCGGAGGACAACUUGGAUUCAUGGAAACCGUCUGUGUACUGGGUGAUGCUGAUAUUAAUGCUGGGGGCCAUUGUCAUUGCGUGCUGUGCCUCUGCACUCUAUCAUCCAGUAGAACAAUGGACCUACUUCGAGGCCAUCUACUUCUGUUUUGUUACCUUUGCAACAAUUGGAUUUGGUGACCUUGUUGUCAGUCAGUCAGCUGAUUAUCAAAACAUAAAUGUUCACAUUUAUAGAUUCAUGAACUUCAUCUUAAUUGUUUUAGGUUGCUGUUGCAUUUACAGCCUUUUUAAUGUGAUUUCUAUUGUGAUAAAGCAAGUUCUCAACUGGCUGAUUCGUAAGCUGGACUGCAAGACAUGCCAACCACGCCCCAAGCCCCGUCCAAGAAGGAAUGCAAUCACUCCUGGUCACCUGCAACGAGCAACAAAAAAGAGUGAUUCUACAGAUGUAGAUUCAAAUUAUGACAGUGACUACUCAAGACGGGGAUCAGGGGAGAUGAUUUCCAUGAAAGAUUUCCUUCAAAAUAACAAAAUAUCCUUACUUAUGAUGCAAAAACAACUGCAUGAUACAUCAAGGCAAGCCAUUUUUCAAAAUGGCAGCAGCAGCGGUUUCCAAGGCGGAGUCGGACCUUUGGCAAUUUUAAACAAAAAAUUAGGUCAAGAAGAUGUGUAAACAUUGUCUAGAUACAUGUAAUAAGUUUCAUCUUUCUAAAUAUGCAAUUCAGUUGUGUUGUGUGGACAUGCACAUAUAAAUACACAUUUAUAGGUAUUCAUAAUCAUAAGACAUUGCUUGGUUAACAGACAGCUUAGCUGUUAUUUAAUUUCCGUAAGGCAAACAAGGAGUUUCAUGGGUGGAAUUGUGUUAGAUAAUAAUCAUGGUUGUGACACAAAACACUUAAAAUUUUGAUUGUGUGAUAAACCACUUUUACAAUUUUUAAUCUCUGUAAUAUUAUUG